GUGUCUGUCGCCGUCACUAGACAUACUCAAUAAUAUGUAUAUAUUGCGUACCGGUAAUUGACGACUUUCCGACUUUAGUUUUCAUAUUACAACAAUUAUUUUACUAUGGAGGAUACAAAGUUUUCGGCAACGUCUGCUGUGUCACUCAAAAUCGGAGGCAUUACUGUUAAAUUUCCAGCACAGCCAUAUCCUUCACAACUUUCUAUGAUGAGUAUGAUAAUAAAAGGACUAGAAAAACGUCAACAUUGUCUUUUGGAAAGUCCAACUGGAAGUGGAAAAAGUUUAGCAUUAUUGUGUUCGGCUCUUGCUUGGCAGCAGACACAAUACGAGAAAUCAGAGAACGAAUUCCUUUCCAAAUUAACUUCAGAUGUUGAAAAUCAGAAUCCUAUUUGUACAUGUGAUGAAUUGAAUGGUAAAAGCAAACCAGAGUCAUCUGUCGGCACAUCUAGUAGUAAUUAUUUCAAUGCAACGACCGGUAGUGACGUCAUAGAUCUCUGCACACCUGAAAAUGAUGACUGUGAUGAUGAUUUUAAAAAAAAAGUUAAAGCUAAAUCAAAGGCGAAGACUAUUCUUUGUCCUGCCUGCAGGGAAUUGAAGGAAAAAAGCAAAUGCUGUCAAUCAGAAGAAAAAGAAAUCGAUGACACAGAUUUUAAAAAACCUCGAGUACCUAAGAUAUGGUUUGGUACAAGAACACAUAAACAAAUCGCUCAAAUUACAAAAGAAUUGGGAAGGACAUCUUAUGACUCUACAAACAUGACGAUAUUAUCAAGUCGUCAGCAUUCUUGUAUCCAUCCUGCAGUUAUGAAAUCAUCGAAUAAAAAUGAAGAAUGCAGAGACCUGAGAAUGGGAAAGCAUACUCUGGGAGCAAAAUGUGCAUUUUAUCAAAAUGUUCACCGAAUGAAAAGUCAUUACCAGUUGGGUUGUGCAGGACUUGGUGCUGCAUGGGACCUUGAGGAUCUAGUGGGACUUGGAAAAACAAUUAAGGCUUGUCCUUAUUACAGUGCUAAAGAACUUGUUUCAUCGUCAAAUAUUAUUUUUUGUCCUUAUAACUACUUGAUUGACCCAAUGAUAAGAUCUCAGAUGCAGAUAAAUCUGAAAAAUCAAAUAAUUAUUUUGGACGAAGCUCACAAUAUAGAAGAUAGUGCAAGGGAAGCUGGGAGUUUCACAAUGACAGAGGCUGCAUUAGCAAACACAACAACUGAUUUAGAUUGUUUGAUGAAUGAAGGCAUAAAAGUUGAUGAUCAUAGGCCAUUGCACCUUCUUUGUACAAGAUUAGGUCAAUGGAUAACAGAGCAUGCCAGGAAUCUCAGUCCUUCAGAUUAUGAAACAGCGACUCAAGUUUGGUACGGCAGAGAUAUCAUCAGGCAUUUGAACGAUUGGGGAAUCACUCAAGAUACUCUGCCUUUACUCGAAGGUAACUUUGCAGUUGCAACCGAUCUUGGAGAGGAAGAUAUAGAAACAGCUAAAAUACUUCAUUCAUCAAGUCAGGCUACUCUUGGUGGUCUCUUCAAUGUUUUGAGAUACCUGAUGACACAAGAACACAAAUAUUGCGAUGAUUACAGAAUCACAAUCAUAAGACAGAUGGUGUUUGGUCCAGUCCCGCCUAAACGAACCAGAGACGGAUGGGUGACUUUGAAUAAGAGAUCGAAGAAACACUCUGUUACGAAUCUACAUUUCUGGUGUCUUAAUCCUGCAGUGGCCUUCAAUGAUUUCAGUGGAGCUCAUUCAAUCAUUCUAACAUCCGGUACUUUAUCUCCAAUGUCAUCAUUCUCAUCUGAACUUGGUCUUUCGUUUCCGAUUCAACUGGAAGCAAACCAUGUUAUCAAAGAUUCACAGGUGUGGGUUGGGUCUAUUGGCAGAGGGCCAAAGGGAAUACAAUUGGAAGCAACUUAUAAAAAUACGGAUAAGUUCGAAUUUCAAGACGAACUUGGGAAUCUUAUAUGUUCUGUCUGUCGAGCUGUUCCUCAUGGAGUUUUGUGUUUUGUUUCAAGUUACAACAUGCUGAAGAAAUUACAAGAACGUUGGCAGACCACCAGACUCUGGGACAGAAUCGAAGAAACCAAACAGAUUGUUUGUGAACCGAGAAGUAGCAGCAAAGAUGAGUUUGAUUCCUUGUUACAAUCAUUCUACGAUGCAGUGAAGAAAUCGGAAGAAGAGAAUCAGUUUGGUGGUGCUCUGUUGAUUGCUGUAUGUAGAGGAAAAGUGAGUGAAGGACUUGAUUUUGCAGACAAUAAUGCCAGAGCAGUGAUCACAGUUGGUAUUCCGUUUCCAAGUAUAAAAGAUAAACAAGUUGAAUUGAAAAGAAAAUACAAUGAUAUGCACAAGAAUCAUCGGGGAUUGUUAGCUGGAUCUCAGUGGUAUGAAAUACAGGCUUUCAGGGCAAUGAAUCAAGCACUCGGUCGUUGUAUCAGACACAAGACAGACUGGGGUGCUCUCAUCAUUGUUGAUGAUAGAUUUUGUAAAAAUCCUAAAAAAUACUCCAAGGGUCUGUCAAAGUGGGUUAGGCAAAAGAUGAUACCUUACACAUCUUUUGACAAUGCAAUGUCAAAUAUCACAGCAUUUGUACAGAGACAGAUGUCAGGUACUUCUAAUGUUUCAUUACCGACCGUCAAUGUUAACAGUUCACCCCCUAUUACAUCUUCUUCCACUGCAAGAUCCAUCUUGUCUUCAAUUCAUGAAUCAUUGCAUGUUGAAAAAGUUGAGCCUGAGUCAAUGGAUGUAUCUCUGAAUAGAAGUAUCGAUAAAUCUUCUACAAAAAAGAAAAAGAAGCCUACCAAGCAAAAAGUUGUGACUAAGACUACAGAAAAUAUUCUUCAUCAUGAGAACGAUGAAAUAGAUUCAAGUCCAAAUGAUGAUUUCCAGAAUGAGAGUUUUGAUAAGUUUAAUAGAACUUCUGUAAGAAAAAAAACUAAAGCUAAACCACCAUCUAAGAUGAAUUGUUCAAAAAUUAUGGAAAAUAACAGUUCAGAUGGAACAACGAAUCGCAAAAUUAAUGAAAAUGAAAUUUCAGGACUUGAAACUUUAGCCAAUAUCAAACCUACAAACAAUUGUGAAAAAUUUCACCAACAAAUUCCAGUUAAACGGGAAUCCAAAACAAACUUGUCAAAUUCAUCCAAAAAAACGAUUUUAAAACUAUCAUCUGACACAACACUUCCAAUCCCAAGUACUCUGGAUGUAAUUGAUUCUUUAAAUGAUGAUGUAAUGGUUGAUGAUUUGUUUGAUUGCACAAUUCCUGCCACCCCAGAAAAAAUGAACAUCACUGUCAUUCCUGAAUCACCACCAUCAGCCAAUGGAGAUUCAAUUCACAUCGGAUUUCAACGAGCAUUAGAUUUUGAUUCUGGAAUAUCAUCAGCAAGAAAAAGAAAACUGACGCAAUCUCAUACUGGGAUCUCAACACCUAAUUCAAAGCGGACAGAUAAGGAGGAUUUUGAUACAUUAUCAAAUUGUGAGCAGAAUUCUGGUGAUCUUUUAUCACGUGCUACAAGAAAACAGUGUUUGAAAAAGGAGAAAGGGACGCACAUUUCAGAAAAGAAGUCUGUUCUCAAAUGCAAAGCAUGUACAGUAAUACUUUAUGAACGUGUUCAACAAACUAUUGCAUGUGAAAGGCUACAAUCAUCAUUUAUCAAUGAGAAUUUUCUUGGACAAAAAUCUAUCAUGUGUGAUGUGUAUUCAGUAGAAUCAAAGCAGAUGGAUUUUGAAUUCAUCACAUUGAUCAAAGAAAAGAGUAGAGAUGAUUCAAGCAUUGAAUUGAAUUCAAUCUGGUGCGAAGAAGAUCAUAGGUGCUAUCAAAUAUAUCGAUGUCAGUGUUGUAUGAAACCAGUUGCUUUUCGGAUAGUUUCAGAACAACAGUUUAGAGAUAAAUAUUUUUUCAUAAGUCAACUGGUGGAAAGGAUUGAUGACUGAUUAUUUUUGAGAUUUAUUUCUACGUUUUCGUUCACUUGCCAAUUUCAUAUAUUCACUUUCUAUUUCUGUAUUAAAGCCUAAUUUUUAAUAAAGGAGUUCAGUGCAAAGCUGAAUAAAAGGGAA